CCUUCUGCAGAGUCAGGAAGAUCCCCUUGCUUCCUGCGGUCAGUUUUAUGUGUGUGACAGACAGCCAGUUCAUUGUCUAGGAAUACAGAGCCACCAAACACUGUUUAAAAGAAGGAACUGAUGAUUUGGAGGAUCAAGUCCAGGACAUCAAGAAAGUAGGCCGUGGUUGUCAGCAAUUUGACGUGUCAUCGGAGACAUUGGAUUUGUAUCCGAGUAUGGGGAACAGGGAUGAUGAAUACGAUUUCUUGUUCAAAGUGGUGCUGAUUGGGGACUCUGGAGUGGGGAAGAGUAACCUGCUCUCUCGCUUCACUCGCAACGAGUUCAACUUGGAGAGCAAAAGCACCAUCGGCGUGGAGUUUGCCACGCGCAGCAUCCAGGUGGACAGCAAAACAAUAAAGGCCCAGAUCUGGGACACAGCAGGUCAGGAGCGCUACAGAGCCAUCACAUCAGCGUAUUACCGGGGUGCGGUGGGAGCGCUGCUGGUGUAUGACAUCGCCAAGCACCUGACCUAUGAGAACGUGGAGCGCUGGCUGAAGGAGCUGAGGGACCACGCUGACAACAACAUCGUCAUCAUGCUGGUGGGCAACAAGAGUGACCUGCGCCACCUCAGAGCCGUGCCCACCGACGAAGCCCGCGCCUUCGCAGAGAAAAACAACCUUUCUUUCAUUGAAACGUCAGCCUUGGACUCAACAAAUGUGGAGGAGGCUUUCAAGAACAUCCUGUCAGAAAUCUACCGGAUUGUGUCCCAGAAGCAGAUAGCUGACAGGUCCGCCCACGACGAGUCUCCGGGCAACAACGUAGUGGACAUCAGCGUGCCCCCCACCUCUGACGGCCAGAAAGGAAACAAGCUACAGUGCUGUCAGAACCUGUGAUGAUGCCACACCCCCUGCCCCUGCCCCUUCCAGUGAUGAUCUGUGUCAUUUGGCUCGUUCGUGACGAAGCAGUGCUGCUUUUGCUUAGCAGCGAGCAUGCACACUUUGCCAGUUCGAUUAAUUGUGGUUAGGAUUUUCUAACCACAAUGCAGUGCUGCUUUUGCUUAGCAGCGAGCAUGCACACU